UAUGCCUUGCCCUGUCAAAGGCGCAAUUCAAGGAACAAAAACAUGACCCAAUCAAAACUCACUGCAAUUGCCCUUCAUCAUUCUAACCAAACAACCCCUCUGUUCUCAUCAUUAAAACCAUGCUUUAUGCACCACACUUUUUUCAACCCCUUACCUAAAAAUUAAACUUCUAUUAAUACUUCCCCUUUCUUCAUUUCUUUCAUUCACAUAGCAAAAAAACAAAAGAACGCACAUUUAUGGUUAUGGUCGGAGUGUAGAAGAAAUCGAACAACAUGAUCGCAGGUUGUUUCAGUUUCAGACAACCUAUACCAAACACCCCUUCUUCUUCUUCUUCAAGAAGCAGUUACUGUUCCCAACAAGUACCUCAGAAUGUGGUAACAUGCAUAUACCAAACUCUACUAUGCAACUCCCCCACUUAUCUCACUCUCAGUUGGUCCAAAACCCUUUUCUCUCACUCUUUAACCGUUUCCGCCGCAGAUACCUUUUCCGUCACAAUUCCUCUCAACUCUUCAACAAUGCUCUCCUUCUUCACACGCCACGGUUCAAAAUCCAUACGCCACCGCAAAAUCAAGCUCCACUGGAACUUCACGCGCGCUGAGUUCGCACAAAACUCCGCCGAACCCGAAUCGCGGUUCUACCUUGCGAUCACCCACAACGGCAAGCUCCAAUUUUUCCUCGGCGAUCUUCUCCGCGAUCUAACGCGGCGGCACAAGAAGCUCGAGGCCGGGGGCGGCAGCGGCAGCGACAACCUUGUUGUUGAGCCGGUUCUGCUGUCGCGGAGAGAGCACGUGUUCGGAAGCAGAUGCUACGUGUCGCGCGCGGUGUUCAUGGGGUCCAAGCACGUGAUAGAGAUCGAGUGCGGCGGCGGCGGGGGUGCGAUGCGCGUGAAAGUGGACGGCGAGACGCGGCUGGUGGUGAAACGGUUGGCGUGGAAGUUCCGAGGGUACGAGAAAAUAUUCAUCGACGGAGUCGAAGUGGAGUUUUAUUGGGACGUGCUGAGUUGGGUGGUUAACGACGACGGCGAUAAGAGCAACAACGGUCACGGUGUUUUUGUGUUUCAAGUGGGGGACGGUGCGGUGUGGCCGGAAAUGGCGGUGGCGGAAAAAAAGUUGAUAAAGAAAAGCGUUUCCGUUUCGAGCGUGUUGCAGUGGGCAGAGGAGAGUAGCGAGUGUGGGAGGUCUUCGUGUUCUUCAUCGACCAAGUCUUGUGGCAGCAAUGCCACUGGUUUCUCUCUGUUGCUUUAUGCUUGGACCGUAAAUUGAUUCUUAUUCUCUUCAUUCUUUCAAGGGAUUUCAACCUUUUACAGAGAUUGGAUUUCGAUUAUUUUGUUCAUAUAUAUGUAUCUAUUCUUUCUCUCUUGUACAUUCUUGCUGCUUCCGGUUACUGUCUUUUAUCCAUAAUCAGAAAUAAUCGUGUUCUUCCGUUCACCUUGAUAAAAUGCUUGUGAUUUUUGGAUGGUUA